GGCCUGUCCCCAGUCCAGCAAAAUUGCAGCUCUUUUGCCUGCUCACACUUAAACUGUAUUUUUCCUGUUCUGCUUGCUCUUGUCACAGCUUCCCCAGGCAAGGCCCAUCCUGACACCUUGCUGGAUUUUCCACGACUGUGUGAGGAUCCUGACAUGGAAUCUGUUGAUUCGCCAUUCUGACACGAGCAGCCUCAGAGACUCAGUCCGUGUUCCCUGAACAGCACCCCACUGUUGAAACAUGACUUAGUUUUCUUCGUUGUGCUGGGAAGCUGCAUUUGAUCAUGGAUUGGACAUGCUGAAGCUCUAAACCCCUUUGGAGCCCCUGGAUGCUGGCGUGCACCCCUCUCGGAGCAGGCGGUGUGUCAUGCAUCGAGCUAUCAUGAUUGGUGUUCUCCAGCAGAUAGCAGCAUCCCUGCUGGAGCAGGACCACACCUGCUCCUCCCAUGGGCUCUCAGCACCCAGGGCAGGAGCUCCGCUCAGCAACCAUGUCUGCAGCACAGCUGAACAGGGGCCAAACACAAGCUCCAUAUCUGGAUGGCAGCCUCUCCUCUUCCCAUCCUGUGUCUAUUUUGAGAAGAUGAUCAGUCCAAUCAGGAAGUUCAUUGCCAGAAUCAAUCAAAGCUUCUCGGUCAUCUACGUGGAGGAGCAGCCCCUGCAUGGGGCUCUGCAGAGCACCUUGGGGGAGGUCCCUUUUGGGAUGAGUCACGGCUCCAAGUAUGGCCGCCCAGGUUGCAAAAUGAUGGAUUUGCUGGUGCAUUUGGGGAGCUGGGUCUGCAACUACAGCCCUUCUCAGAACCUCAUGGUUGUUAAAAGGGACAAAAGGAUUCAAGUGAUCAAAUUCAGAAACCAUGACAGGCCUGGGAGAAAGCCCUCAGCUUGCAUGCUGCUUUUCUAUUGGUUGCCCAGCCUCUUCGGGGAGGAAUUUACCUUUCAUGGUGGCCCAAGUGCCUUCCCUGCUCGGGAAGGUCACAUAGCCACCGGCCAGAGUGGGCAGCGCUUGGGGAGUGUCGUCAAGUGAACUGAAAGGCGUCCAGUUCCUGCUUUGCCCCUGCUGGCUGUGUGGCCGCCGGCAAGUGGCCCAACCUCUCUGAGCUCAUUUGUACCUGCCAUCAUUGAGUGAUUAAUCCCUUUGCUGGUGCCAGUGGUGAAUAGCCAGCACGCGGUCGGGUCAAAGCAGCUUGUGGUAAAGGUGUGUGCGAGCUUCCCAUCAGCACAUUCUGGUUAGCAAGGCAGGACAUGAUCCUGGAAAUUUAUCGUGACAGAUUCGGGAAGUUGUAAUCUAGAUCACAUCUCUUGCAAAUCAUUGCUUCUGAGCUGCUGCUGCCAACUUCCAUGAUUUUAUUUCCCCUUUACCCUGGGUGCACUCGCUCAUGCACACACACACACACACACACACAUAUAUGACACACAUAUAGCUUACAUUUCCCCACAGUCUGCAGCUGAAACACCUAUGGGAAAUCACCAGGCGUCAUUUCAUAGGCCCCAACGAGCAGGCAUUUCCUGUUACAUGAAGUUGGGAUGGAAUUCAUUAUAUUACCUAAGCCUGUUUCCAUGCGAUUGCAGGGAAGGAUCUGCCUGGCAUGCUGGCUGUCUAGGUGGCAGUGGCUUUCCUUUGCAGGACGCAUCACUCUGCCCCUGCCAGCGCUUGCCCAAUUAAGGAACUGCAAUUAGAUGACAGUGCCAGCGUGCUCUGUGCUGCCCGUAAAGAGGAACGGAGGCUUCAUUCUGAUGGACAGAAUUGGGCCUUUUCCCACUCAUUAAUGACCUGAAUUAGAAUGGGAGGCUUUCUUUGUCAUUUCCCUUAGUUUCUGUAGAGCUGUAAUUAAGCCUCGUGUAUAAAUUCAGGAGAGUGAUAAGUGAAGGGAACGCUGUCACCCAUUCUAAGAUCCAGACUGUAGGCUGGGCAUGCAAUAGUAGGCUUUGGUUCUGGAAGGAGAUGCCUAAACCCCCUAGCGGAGGGGCUUUUUAAACAUGCAUUUGUGUAAUGAGUAGGUGGUAUUCGUGUGUGUGUGUCAGAUUCACAGGCUACAAAAGGUACAUGGGUGCAGUGGAAAGUUCCAGCCCAGUCGAGUAUAGCUCUCAGUCAAACUCAGCACGCGGUUUCCUAAAACGGGACCCCAGCUAAUUAGUUUAUGUGUCUAGGAGCAACCAAUUCUUGUGUGUCCUGUGGCUGGUUUUACAGUUAAGGACAGUGGGGCCCAGAGCAGCAAAAUGAUUCAUCUAAAGUCACACGUCUGGUUGUUUGGGGCGGCUGGGCUAAGUCCCUGCUCCCCACCCACCCCACCCCCACUGUAACACAUUCUCACCCAUGAUACGUAGCUGUCAGCAGCCCCAGGUAAAUGAAAGACAUUCUUUUCC